AGGAGCGAAGGUUUUUUUAAAGUUUGGGUUAAAUCUGAUUUGGACUUUAAAGAAAGAGGCCGUUGGUGCAAUUCUUUCGACUCAUUGACAUGUUGUUAGCUAACCAACUACGGUAUUUCGGCAGGCCAGACUCUCGUUUCGUUUUCUCCGUCCUAAAUUCUUCCUCUUUUUGGUCUCUGUCCACAAUUGUUGCUUCACCGCCCACUCCAGAGUUUCCAAUUAACGAGAGGGCGAGAAGGAGAUUGUUCUCUCUAUCGUUUGCUUCAGGAAUGGACGCUAGUCCAACCUGUUCGUUGGUUUUGAGUGGAAAAACGGCGGUUGAGAACGAAACUGCCAAAUUGCUGAAGAGGAAUGACACUUUGAAGCUCCCUGACGAUACUGAAAUUUCGGUUUUAUUGCACUCAGAAAAGGAUAAACCUUUGGAGGAAAAUGGGUUUCGAAUUGAUUUGUAUUUGAAUGCUCUUUCUACUGAUACUUUUGGUAGAUUCCUCAUUUGGUCUCCACGAGUUCCUUCUACUCAGGAUGUUAUUUCUCACAACUUUAGCAACCUUCCACUGGGUGCUGUCUGUGUGGCUGAUGUUCAGUUCAAGGGAAGAGGUCGAUCAAAGAAUUUGUGGGAAUCUCCCCCUGGUUGCCUUAUGUUUUCCUUUACCAUUCAAAUGGAAGAUGGGCGUAUUGUUCCUCUAUUACAGUAUGUAAUAUCUCUCGCUAUUACUGAGGCCAUAAAGGAUAUUUGCGACAAAGAGGGGUUACCCUAUAUUGAUUUGAAAAUAAAGUGGCCAAAUGAUCUUUAUGUGAAUGACCUGAAAGUUGGAGGCGUUCUUUGUACUUCAACAUAUAGAUUGAAGAAGUUCAAUGUUACUGCUGGUAUAGGUUUGAAUGUAGACAACGACAAACCAUCAACAUGCUUGAAUGAAGCUCUUACAAAUUUAUCCAGUACACCUUACAAGUUCAGAAAAGAGGAUAUCUUAGCAUUCUUCUUUAACAAAUUUGAAAGAUUGUAUGAUGUUUUCAUAAAUCAAGGGUUUCGGGCUCUUGAGGAACUUUACUAUCAGACAUGGUUGCACAGUGGACAAAGAGUUGUUGUACAGGAAAAGAAAGAAGAUCAAGUCGUGGAAAAUGUAGUCACUAUUCAGGGGUUGACAUCUUCAGGAUAUUUGCUAGCUAUUGGAGAUGACUACCAAAUGUGUGAACUUCAUCCCGAUGGAAAUAGUUUGGACUUUUUCAAAGGACUAAUCAAGAGCAAAUUGGUGUAAGAAUAUGCUGCUUUCUCACUUUGCAACAAGUGCUGACUUAUGAAUCAGGUGCAAGAAGAAGGGGACGAUGGUUUUCUUUUAUUUUUAGUCAACAAUUCUCUGUUUCGAAAGUGGAGGGAAGAGAGAAAUAUAUCUUACUUUUUGUGAUUAAACAAUGAGAUCCCAAUUGAAGUUGUAAAUAUUAUUUUUCUAUAAACUUACCAAGGAGGGUCCAUGGUUCAGAACGUGAUAUAUUUUUGUAUCAUACGAAUGAAAGUGAAGGAAUACCCAACCGGACAAUUUCCAAUUGAUUAAGCAGUUAUUUUUUGUUAGAAACUUAA